AUGGCUCUCCUUCAAUAUCCUGCCCCGGUUGACUACGCCGCUCAACGGGAGGCCUUCAAGGACUUCUUGAAGGGCUUCAAGAGCUUCGAAUCAGCAUCAGAAGCCGCUGCGACGGAGGCCAUCCAGGGCCUGCGCAUUGAUGGCGAUCGUACUGAGGAUGAAUAUGAUUUCAUGGAUGAUGUUGAGACCCAGGGGGGCGCACCUCGUGAUCCCAAGCUGAAGUACAUGCGGAUACUCCAAGAUGUCGCAAACAGGGAUAGAAAUAAUAUCUUGAUUGAGCUGGAUGACAUAGCCACUUACGAGAAAUCUCUUCCUGAAGACACCGAUUUGAAGCUGGUGGAAUCCAUUCAAUCAAACACUAAGCGCUAUGUCGAUGUUCUCUCUGAAGCCGUCGAUGCUGUGAUGCCUAGAGAAACAAAAGAGAUAUCUUUUAAAGACGACGUCCUUGAUAUCAUCAUGUCGCAGCGAGACAGGCGAAACGAAACAGUUCGAAUGGCUGCUGAAGCCGAGAUGGAUGCCAGCCCACCGCAAGCGCUGUUUCCUCCCGAAUUGACACGUCGAUACACCUUGAACUUCAAACCUUUGACUGUGUCUGAGUCGAGCAGCGGACAAGGCUCAAAAGCACUGGCCGUCCGUCAUGUACGAGGAGAACAUCUCGGUAGCCUGAUUACUGUGCGUGGUAUUGUGACCCGAGUGUCCGACGUCAAGCCAGCUGUUAAAAUAAACGCAUAUACUUGCGAUCGAUGCGGUAGUGAAGUGUUUCAGCCUAUCACAACCAAGUCAUUCUUACCUAUGACCGAAUGCCCUUCUGAGGAGUGUGUUACCAAUAACUCCAAGGGCCAGCUGUUCCUAUCUACACGAGCCUCCAAAUUCGUUCCUUUCCAGGAAGUCAAGAUUCAAGAGAUGGCAGAUCAGGUUCCCGUUGGACAUAUCCCCAGAACUCUGACAGUACACUGCAAUGGCAGUCUAACACGUCAGUUGAACCCCGGUGACGUUGUCGAUAUUGCUGGAAUCUUCCUUCCCACACCUUAUACUGGCUUUAGGGCUAUUCGCGCUGGUCUAUUGACCGAUACUUAUCUGGAAGCGCAAUUCGUUACUCAACACAAGAAGGCCUACGACAGUAUGAUAAUGGACAGCCGAACAAUAAAGAGGAUGGAACAGUACAAGAAUUCAGGUCAGCUGUACGAAUAUCUUUCUCAGUCUAUCGCUCCUGAAAUUUACGGCCAUCUUGAUGUCAAAAAGGCCUUGUUGCUUCUGUUAAUCGGCGGUGUGAACAAGGAUAUGGCCGAUGGCAUGCAUAUCCGUGGAGACAUCAACAUUUGCUUAAUGGGUGAUCCUGGUGUGGCCAAAUCCCAGCUCCUCCGCUACAUCUGCAAGGUCGCCCCUCGUGGUAUCUACACCACUGGUCGCGGAAGCAGUGGCGUCGGUCUCACAGCUGCGGUUAUGCGAGAUCCAGUCACCGAUGAGAUGGUCCUGGAAGGUGGUGCUCUUGUACUUGCUGAUAACGGUAUCUGCUGUAUCGAUGAGUUUGACAAGAUGGACGACUCAGACCGAACCGCCAUUCACGAGGUUAUGGAACAGCAAACCAUUUCUAUUUCCAAAGCCGGCAUUACCACGACACUCAAUGCCAGGACGUCUAUUUUGGCUGCAGCUAACCCUCUGUAUGGUCGCUACAACCCUCGCAUCUCUCCCGUGGAAAAUAUUAACCUUCCUGCCGCCCUUCUCUCACGUUUUGACGUCAUGUUCCUUAUGCUGGACACUCCAUCCAGGCAUGACGACGAGCAGUUGGCAAACCACGUCACAUACGUUCACAUGCAUAACAAACAUCCAGAAACUUCCGAUACUGGUGUUGUCUUCAGCCCCAAUGAAGUUCGCCAAUUCGUGGCGCGUGCUCGCACUUAUCGCCCAGUAGUCCCCAAAGAAGUAUCGGACUACAUGGUCGGUGCCUAUGUGCGUAUGCGUAAACAACAAAAGAAGGACGAAGGAAGCAAGCGCCAAUUCUCGCAUGUCAGUCCUCGUACACUUCUCGGUGUGGUGCGUCUUUCACAGGCUUUGGCACGUUUGCGUUUCAGCGAUACUGUGGUCACCGAUGACGUCGAUGAGGCCCUUCGACUUGUUGAGGUUAGCAAGGCGUCCCUUUCCAAUGAAUCGAGCACAGAGGGAGACCAGACACCUAGCAGCAAGAUCUACAACCUCAUCCGUGGUAUGCGGGAGAGUGGCGCUGCUGCGGCUGAGGACGGACAAGAAGGAGAGCUCAGUCUCCGCAGAGUUAGGGAGCGAGUUCUUGCCAAGGGCUUCACGGAGGAUCAGCUCACGAAGACAAUCGAAGAAUAUCAAGAACUGGAUGUAUGGCAAAUUACCGGUAAUGGCACUCGUCUACUUUUCGUGGAACUUGAUGGCUUUGAUGACGAUAUGGAUAUAUAG